AGCACACACUGUAAAAUACACACAUACAUAUAAUUAUUUUGAAAUAUAAGCGUAAAUUUUCUAUAACAAAAAAUAUGGCACCCAACGCUGGUUUGCAAUCUGAAAAAGUUGUGGAUUAUUUAAAACAGUUUGUCGAGCCAGUUACGUUUCAGGAUCUUAUUGCACAAUUCAGUUCGCCAAAGGACAGUAAUGAGACGCGCCGAGAGCUGGGCGAUCAGCUGAAGAACAUUUUGAUAUCUUGCGUCAACGCGGGCAGCAUUAUGCAUUGCAACAAUCAUUUCUAUGCCGCCACGCAUGCCGAAGAUGUGCAAAAAGUUUUUGAUUUUAAUGCAAACGUCGAUUCUGGCAGCGAUAAUAGUGAAAUUUCAUAUUCCAGCUGUGAGUCAAUAGUUCAAAAGAAGCCCAAUAAUAAUGAUUUUAUGGAUUGCGAGGAGGAGUUGGCUGUCAAUCUGAGCUCACUUAGCGAUGUUCCAACAAUAUCCAAUUCGUAUAGCUCUGCUGUUGCUAGCGAACCGAGUCUGCCCAGCACUUCAAAGAGCGCUAGAAAUGCUUCCACAUAUGACGUGAAAACAAAGCACAAACAAAUUUAAGAGCAAGCGCAUUUUCUGUUUGUUGCCAACGUUUUUUAAAGCGCAAUGAACUGGACUUUUGCCAAAUUUAAGUGCUUGGCAGCAGCAGCAGCAGCCGCCGCCUAGACCACAGACCAAAAAGCCGCCAACUGGCAAGCCAACAAAAACACCCUUAAGGCAAAUAAAAUAAAUGUCUGUGUGUGUGUGUGUGUGUGCAAACAACAGAGACCACAAGCAGCAAGUGCAAAAAUAAUUAAUUCGUUGCAAACAAAUCCAGAGAUUAACGCUAAUUUAAUAGAACUGAUGUGAGUUUUGCCCUUGGUCCAAAUGUGAAACCAAACUGCGAUGACUAUUGAGGAUGCGACUACAGCAAACACUUUGUACCGCAGGCACGAGUAGAACUAAUUAGUGGCUGCUUUCGCUUGCUCUCAGCAUCAUCAAAAACCAAGGGAAUUCCCUUUUUUAUUGUGUUCAACUGCAUGUGUUGGCUGCUAAUCUGACACUUGCGCUCAACUGUUGAUAAAAAUUUUGUGCUUUUCAUGUGAAAAAA